GUUAGGAAACGUCCAGGUUGGAGACGGAAUUUUUUCCGUCUCUAACCAGCAUACUAUUCUGAGAGGGCUGCCGCUCUGCGAACCUUUACCUCUCUCAGGUUUACCUUCGUCACAGCGUACAGCUCCUCUCUAUCUCUCUGAUCGUCCCCUUAUCAUCGUUCCCCCUUGCUGCCCGGUUGCAAGGUGCUCGAUGCCGCCGUCGAUUCACAAACACAAACGUCCUUCCAUAACGAUGAUGCUCUAGAACAAUAAUCUUCGCUUCCAGGAACUUCUAGGGUUUUUGCAGAGGCGUAUAACUUGUUGCUUUGCCUUCGAAGAGCAACUGAAAUCACUUGUGCUCGGCAUCUUCGAUCUCUCGCUCUGCUCUUCUUCUCCGUUUUUGGUAGAAGAAUGGGGGAAGCCAUGGAAGAGCGUCUUUUGGAUUUGGUACGCUCCACGGUUUUCAAAGAAUCAGAAACACUUGAAGGUUCCUGUACCAAGAUUGAGGGCUACAAUUUUGACAAAGGUGUGAACUAUCCCAAGCUUCUCAAGUCUAUGGUCUCCACUGGCUUUCAGGCCUCCAACCUCGGUGACGCCAUUGAAAUUGUCAAUCAAAUGCUAGACUGGAGGCUUUCUGACGAACCAUUGGCGGAGGAUUGCAGCAAAGAGGAAAGUGACCCGGUGUACAGAGUGUCCGUGAGGUGCAAAGUGUUUUUGGGUUUCACUUCAAAUCUCAUUUCAUCUGGGGUUCGAGAUACUAUUCGAUAUCUUGUUCAGCAUCAUAUGGUUGAUGUCGUGGUUACAACUGCUGGUGGUGUUGAAGAGGACCUUAUAAAAUGCCUUGCUCCAACAUAUAAAGGUGAUUUCUCUCUACCAGGAGUUCAUUUACGCUCAAAAGGAUUGAACCGCAUUGGUAACUUAUUGGUUCCUAAUGAUAACUACUGCAAAUUUGAGGAUUGGAUCAUCCCAAUAUUUGACCAGAUGCUGGAAGAGCAGAAGCAGAAGAAUGUAUUGUGGACUCCAUCUAAAGUUAUUGCUCGCCUGGGGAAAGAAAUAAACCAUGACAGUUCUUACCUAUACUGGGCACAUAAGAAUGGCAUUCCUGUCUUCUGCCCUGGCUUAACAGACGGCUCGCUGGGGGACAUGUUGUACUUCCAUUCUUUCCGCAACCCCGGUCUGGUCAUUGACUUAGUGCAAGAUAUUAGGGCCAUGAACGGUGAAGCAGUCCAUGCAACUCCAAGGAAGACAGGGAUGAUAAUUCUUGGAGGUGGGCUGCCCAAGCAUCACAUUUGCAAUGCUAAUAUGAUGCGUAAUGGUGCCGAUUAUGCUGUUUUCAUCAACACUGCCCAAGAGUUUGAUGGCAGCGAUUCUGGUGCCCGCCCAGAUGAAGCUGUGUCAUGGGGGAAAAUACGAGGAACUGCAAAAACAAUUAAGGUCCACUGUGAUGCAACCAUUGCUUUUCCUCUACUGGUUGCAGAAUCAUUUGCUGCAAAAGCAAAAGAAAUCUGCAGAAAGUAAGUCAUAAAUACAAAAUCUUCCUCUGCCAGGCGGUUUUAAUGUCAUGAAGAUGUCAAAGAGGUUGACGAGGUUUCUCAUAUAUAUAUAUAUAUAUAUAUAUGUAACUUGUUCAAACCAUCGCAAAUGAACCAUUCAUUUGUACCAGCAUCACAUUGAGGCUUUCUUUUUUUGAGGGAUUUGGCAUUGGCAACCCUAUGUUUGUAAAGGGCAUAUUAUGAUUCGUCAGUGAGGUUCGUAGCUGACUAUUAAUUGACUAGUUUAAGUGGAUAUUCAUGUUUGUACUGCACUAUCUUUCCUUCAGGCUCCUCCUAACUGACUGAGGAUGACCUAGAAAUAGAAGAACAGAAGACUGAUUUUUCAUUGUCAAUGAUUUGAAUUAUCUUUCUCUGCUGUUGCCUAUUUUAAGGCUGCUUUAAUGAACA